AUGCUUUUUAUAGAUGCCGCUAAUUUAAAUCCGCCUAGCAGUCAAGCCGAAGGUCCGUCACUUGAUGAAGCACCUUCUAAAUCAUCAGGCGCGGUCGAAAGGCGAAGUCCAUCUCCUCCUUGCAUCCGUUGCGGUGUUUGCAACAAGAAGCUGGGCCUGAUUGAGCAAGGCAUUGUCUGUGCUUGUGGCGGCAACUUCUGCAAUUACCAUCGCUACACCGAUCGCCACGAAUGCACCUUCGACUACCAGGCAGAUGGUCGCGAGCGCCUGCGAAAGGCCAAUCCAACCGUGACGAGUGAAAAACUGCGCAAAAUUUAA